UUUUUUUUAUUCUAUUUUUAUUUUCUUUUUUUCUUCCUUAAAUGACCUUAAAUGCUUUCUAUGCAUUGCAAGUUAUUUGACACAAAUCUCUCAAAGACUAAUCAUGUAGGUUAAGUAAGGGCAAAGAUAAUCCGUAUACUCUCAAUUCAAGUUGAUCCGACACAAUCGGACAUCCUGCAUGUAAGCGCAGUCAACCCAGAUCGACCAUUCCCUGCAAAGUCUAAUUAUGUAGCUUCGGUGAACGUACAGAUAAUGCGUAAAUCCGGACGCCUUGGCAUGCGCCAUACGUCCGUCUGUGCAUUACUCUGAUCCCGAUAAGCUUCUCUGAGUUGUCCCUGCAACGCACCAUUGUCCGUUCUGACUCGUUUGUGCCAUCUACAGAUUUGCACAGCUCUGGAGAGCUUUUGAUCACCGUCUACACGCGCUCGAUACAUGUUUUAUCUGACCUGCGCUCCUCGCAAACCAUUCUUUUUCUUUUUUAAAAAUACGCUCAAUCGCUUUCCUCGGGGUGUUUCUGGAUAUCGCUUUAGUUUGCGAACGGGAUCGUCUGUACGUUAAUGGAUUCACUACUAAACAAUGGAGAAACAGACAGCUACUGAAAUGCGGGAAUAAACGGUUGGCGUUGGGAGAGGAAUACACAAUUUAACGAGAGAUCUGGGAUAAUUGUCUGCUCUAGAAGUGCGUGUGGCCGUUUUCAGCUCAACUUGGUGGAAACUACACAAGGAUGGUGUGUUAGGACUCGGAUUUCAGGGCAGGUCGGCGUGCAAAAGAAUUCACCUUGCUCCGUUUCUCUUUUCUUUACAUAACACAAGAAAAGAAGAUGUAUUAAAACAGCAAAGGCUUUAAAGCGCCUCCGUUUAGAAUUAAGUGGAAUCAAGGCGAAUGGAUACGUUUCCAGUGUUUAAGGUGAACAAGUGACCCAAUGAGGUGGAAUACUACUUUAGCGGAGUGCUGGAAGAGAAGUUACUUGCCCCAGUUCUCCGAGAGCACAGGGAGAGACAGACAUCUCUGAUUGUUUGUUGCCAGUAGGGAGACGGGAAGGUAUAAGCCUGCUGUGUGGGAUCGUUCAAAAUCAAGGCUGCGAGAAGGAACCAUAUGGCACAAAACACAAUAUAGGUCCCUGCUUGUGAUUUACCAUGGACAAAGUGCUCUGCAGCCUCCUUCUCCUGGGAAGCGCAGUGAUGAUGACCACCGCCUGCCCUAAAUAUUGUGUUUGUCAGAACCUAUCAGAGUCCUUGGGCACACUGUGCCCAUCCAAAGGUCUGCUGUUCGUGCCCCCUGACAUUGACAGAAGAACCGUGGAGUUACGCCUGGGAGGAAACUACAUUAUCAAAAUUACCCAGCAGGACUUCACCAACAUGACGGGCCUUGUGGACCUCACAUUGUCACGAAACACCAUCAGCUUCAUCCAGCCCUUCUCCUUUGUGGAUCUUGAAACCUUGCGCUCGCUGCACCUGGACAGUAACCGGUUGACAGAGCUGGGCCCAGAUGCCCUGCGAGGCUUAGUGAACUUGCAGCACCUCAUCCUAAACAAUAACCAACUGACUCAUAUCUCCAAAGAAGCUUUCGAUGACCUACUGCUCACUUUGGAGGACCUAGACCUCUCGUACAACAACCUGCGAGGCGUACCCUGGGAGGCCAUUCGGAAAAUGCUCAACCUACACCAGCUGAGUCUGGACCACAACCUCAUCAGCCACAUAGCUGAAGGCACUUUUACUGAUCUUGAGAAGCUGGCAAGGCUGGAUCUGACAUCAAACCGUCUCCAGAAGCUUCCGCCAGAUCCCAUCUUUGCUCGGUCACAGAGCAGCAGCAUUCUAAGUACACCGUUUGCCCCGGUCUUGUCUCUCAGUUUUGGGGGGAAUCCUCUUCACUGUAACUGUGAAAUUCUUUGGUUGCGCCGUUUAGAACGGGAGGACGAUAUGGAAACAUGCGCCUCCCCUCCUAGUCUGAAAGGUCGCUACUUUUGGUAUGUGCGAGAGGAAGAGUUUGUGUGUGAACCACCCUUAAUUACCCAACAUACCCAUAAGCUUUUGGUUCUGGAGGGACAGACGGCCAGUUUACGCUGCAAGGCAGUGGGUGACCCUAUGCCUUUCAUACACUGGGUUGCUCCAGAUGACCGACUAAUUAGUAACUCAUCCAGGGCUACAGUGUAUGAAAAUGGUACUUUAGACAUUAUGGUCACCACCUCUAAGGACUAUGGGACAUUUACGUGCAUUGCUGCAAAUGCAGCAGGAGAAUCAACAGCCUCAAUUGAGCUCUCCAUUAUCCAACUCCCCCACCUAAGCAAUGGAACUAACCGCACAGCUCAGCCAAAGUCCAGGCUGUCUGACAUCACCAGCUCCACUAAAACCAGUAAAGGGGAGACCAAAGCCCAACCAGAACAGGUAGUGUCAGUGUCAGAGGUCACCGCGGUCUCUGCUCUGAUCAAGUGGACAGUAAGCAAAGUGUCACCCAAAGUCAAAAUGUACCAGCUCCAAUACAACUGUUCAGAGGAUGAUGUCCUGAUUUAUAGGAUGAUUCCGGCGAUCAGCAAAUCCUUCUUGGUAAACAACCUGAUGCCAGGGAUGCAGUAUGACCUAUGCGUGUUGGCAAUCUGGGAAGACACCGCCACCACACUCACUGCGACGAACAUAGUGGGUUGUGUGCAGUUUGAGACACGUGACGAGUACCCCCGCUGCCAGUCGCUGCACAGUCAGUUUUUAGGAGGAACCAUGAUCUUGGUGAUUGGUGGAGUGAUCGUAGCCACUUUAUUGGUCUUUAUUGUCAUCCUUAUGGUAAGGUAUAAAGUAAACAGUGGCUUGCAGGUUGCAAAGUUGGUGACGGUGAGUAAUACCUACUCCCAGACCAAUGGGAGACAACAGGCUACACAGCGACUAAACAAUGGCGCUCCUACACCGCAGGCUCCAAAAACUGUAGUGGUGAUGCGAGAUGAAGUGGUGGAGUUUAAGUGUGGAUCCUUGCAGAGUAGCAUCUCCUCUUCAUCCUCCUCGGCUGACUCCCUUGGAAGUGAGAAAGUUGAGUCCUUCAACCGACACGUGGAUUCUAACACCUUGCCCAACAGGUGGAAGCAGUCGUCAACUAAGGCACGACCAAACCUGGAUAACCUGCUUGGGGCAUUUGCUUCUCUGGACCUGAGGGUUCCCGCAAGAGAUCCGGGAGGACCGUCUUCCUCAGGGACCAUGGUGAUGGCCAUGAGACCGGCCACUGACAAGGAGCCUCUGCUAGGCCGGGGAGAUUCCAAGCUUGGGAAGCUUGUAAUGCUGCCAUCAGAGAACAAACCCAAGCGCAGCCACUCGUUCGACAUGGGCGACUUUGGUGCUUCGCAGUGCCUUAGUUACCCACGACGCAUCAGCAACAUUUGGACUAAGAGGAGUCUCUCGGUCAACGGUAUGCUCCUGCAGUGCGACGAGAGCGAGGGGGAAGGGGAUAAGGCAACGUUUGAUAGCUCUGAGUGGGUAAUGGAGAGUACAGUCUGACAGGGAUUUCGGAUUAGCUCUGCCAAAAAAAGAAAAAGGACAAAAAACAAACCAUUCUCUGAACUCAUCAGGUGAAAAAGAUAUGAACUUGCUGCAUCAUAUGACAUCAAGAAGGACUCAAAUGGCGGUAAUGAAAAGACACCUCAGCAGUGGCCAUGACUGUGUAAUGCAUGAUUUUUCCAUGUCAAUAUUGUCCUUCUGUUCACUUGAUCACAAAGAAGUUCAAAGAUUUGUGUCCGGGCUAGGCAAGCAGCCGAGGCCAGGGCUGGCCCCGUUUAUUGAGAGCUGGAUGAAGGAUAUCUCCAGUUGCCUUCAAACAUUAAAGCAGAUAUGAAUAAAUACCCAAGAACAAGGGAUAUGGGGGUAUCUCAGAAAAACAGGGGGGAAUAAAAGAGAGAAUUUAUCCGACUGUGCACUGCAGUUUGCCAAGAGGAUUUUCUUCAGCUAAGUGGAUGUGCAUCACAAUGGACCAAACGUUCACAUGAGACAGGACUACAUAAUUUAGCAGGUGAAAUGAAAAAAAAGAAAUGCAAAUGUAAUGAAUUUUUGUAGUUUUUUUUCUCUCUCUUUUGUUGUCGUUUUUACUUUUUUAAGUUAAUUCUAGUGUUGUUCCCCUGCAUUUUUCCUGAACAAUUGAAGAAUACAGUACAGCCUGUCAUACAUAUUUUACACUAAGGGAGAAAUACAAAUCUAAAAUUCAUGAAGAUUUCUUUGUCAUAAUCAAAUCUGCAAACUUAAUCUGCUAAUUGUCUGUGAUGUUUCUUGACAUUGUGUGCCUCUUUUUCAGUUUAUCAGUGCAUCUGUCACAUUUGAUUUUAGUUUCAGAGUUUGAAAGCUGAUUGUCGUCUGAUCAGAUUGCUGCAAAUUUCCUUUACUAUUGAUACAGCACAGUACAAGUCAGUCUGUCCGAGGUACAUAUUAUUUAUACAAAGCGAUAUUUACUACAUAUUGCAUACCCAACCAAUACUUUGCAUACCCAACCAAGAAGAGACUGUUCGAUGUCCCCUUUGUCUACCCUUUAAAAAAAAUACAAAUAAAUAAAUAAAAAAAGUUAUAUACCAACAUGAUUUAGACAUGGUACCACUGUAAUACUGCAGUAUUCUUUAAAGUAACAUGCUAUAUGACUAUAUGAAUAAUUGAUUAAAUUACAUUUUGCAAGCAUAUUCCAAAGUUGUGAUUAUACCCUUGGAAUAUGCUUUCAAAAUAAUGUUUGAUUAUGAUUUCUUGAUUUUUAAUGAUGGUAAUUACCCCCUCAAUGAUCAUUUUCUAACACUGUAACUAUCGAUCUGUUCCCUCUGUAAGUCUAGUUUGUUAGUGUUGGUGAUUUACUUUUGUCCUUUCCGCAACAAGCCCCUCAAGACUUAAGCCUGAAAUAUAGGUCAGAGUGUUACGCUAGACAGUAUGUUUUGAAAGACAUUUAGGACAGGAUCACAGUUUUGUGUAGAAACCUUUAUUAGUGCCAAAUGGUUGUGGCAAGCUUAAUUUCUCACAGAGGUCAUGAACUGGGGAAAAACUGAGCUCCUCUAUCAUCAUUGUGCCCUUAAGCGAUGGCACUUUACCUCAGGUUGCUCCAAGGGGACUCUCUUGCUAUUAGUGCAGUGCAAGUUGAUUUGGAUGAAAAGUGUUGGUUACAUGAUUAUUAAAUGACAAAAGAAAAUGUUAAAGACCUGGAUAAAUCAUGUAUAGUCCUUAUCUCCAAUUUUACUAUUUCAAAAUGUGGUGAUACUUUCUAUGAACACAUCUAUAGUGCAUUUGUAGUAUAUUUUAGUGGAAUUUUAAAGCAGUCAUAAACAUUAUUACGAGUGUAAGGCUUUACAACAAAAUAUUGUUACUGUCUUGCACAGGGGGAGGGGGGAAAGGCAGGUGGGCAAGAGUUUGAGUGAAGAUGCAGUAUUAAAUCAGAAUUGGAUUUUGUAAGGUCAGGUUUCUAUGACUGUUCCUUUAUCUUCUUCCUAAAUAUGACACAUUAUUUUGUUUUACUGUUUUUUUAUUUUAUUGAUUUUUUUAAAUAAAUUAUCUAGACAUAUCUGUAAAAAUCUCCAGCCAACCCCGUGUUAAAUUGCAUUUCAGACAUCAAAAUGGCUAUUUAAUUUUGUUAAGUGUGUACUAUAGAUCUGGUGUUCCUAGGAAGUUUUACCCAAAGGAUCAUAACAUACAUGUCUAUUUUUCUUAUUUUGAAAACAAAAAUCUUUAUUUUUCUAUUUUGUGAAAAGCUAACAGUUUCAUUGCCUUUUUGUUUGUCUGAUACAAUGUCACUGCAUAUGGUUUUGAUUAUGUUUUACUUUACAGUUAUAUUAUAUACAGAAAGACAUGGAUAAACAAACACAACAUACAGUUCUUAAUUUAUUUGUUUCCUUAUUAUUAGUAUUAUUAUUUUUAUUUUAGCUAAACAUUUAAGCCACAUUCUCGAUUUGCAUCAUCCGUUGUUUAUAAUUUGUUACUGCUCUUGGUAUAUGAUUAUUUCCUUUUUUAUGACCUUUUUUGUAUAAAAAUUAUAUAAGAAUGUAUGAUGGUAUUCUGUACAGUGAUCCUCUUAUUUUCCUGGUCAGAAAAAAAAGAAGAAAAAAAAAUAGAAGGUGCUUUAACAUAUUGUUCUGACAUACGUGUAAAUGUGAAGCAGCAUAGUCACGUUUUUCACUUGGAGUUGUAGAAAAAAGAAAAGAGACUAAAUCAUUCUAAACCAUUUCUGUGUUCAAAAGAUUUUGCUACAACAAGAUAAACACACAGAAUUCAUAAAAUUUAAAACUGUCUGUUUUUUGUCUACUUGAUUCGCAGCCUCUCAGAAUUAUUAUUUUUAUUUUUUUAUUAGUGUGUGUGUGCUUAUUGUAUCUGCUUUUCUGCCUUAAGGUGUUCUCGAACAGUAUAAUUUGUCUUACUCAUGUCUGACUUGAGUCAUUGCAGUUGGGAAUUUCAUCCUCACCAAAAAGUGUGCAUAGUUUUAGCAAGAUAUACUUUUAACGAAUUUACUCUGAGGGGAUAUCCUCAAAGAUCAGCUGAAGGAACUCAUGGGGUGCACAAGAAACUUAAUUGAGUGUAGUCUGUAGUAGUCAUAAAACAUUAAAAUAUGACACGCAGCCCACUGAGAUGUGCACAAUUUCCAUGACGUGUAAUCUCAUAUAAAACAUACUUGUCAUCCA